GUUUAUCUCAAAGAAAUAUAUAGAUAUAAUAGAUUAAAAUCCGAUUGGUUUGAAGUUUGGUUUUCGGUUAAGCUGUGAUUAGUUGGUAUGUGAAUUAUUUUAAUUUUGAAAUGCAGGAGCACAAAUCGUUCUUAAUAAAAGACUUACUAGGAGAUGUUAUAAACAAUGUGAAUACAAAUGGAAAUCACCCGCACGACUCUGAUCAAGAUUCCGAGACAUUGUCUCAUGAUGCCGAUAUAGAUAUCGAGGUCGAAACGCCCCCUUCUUCAACAUCUACCAACGAGGCCUUACCUUCAAAAGGAAUCUAUUUCCUGAGCGAAAGCGAUGUUACUCAAACAGGAGCAGCUGAAAGCUCCAAAGGUAGAAAACCAAGAAGAAGAAGAACAGCUUUUACACAUGCUCAGUUAGCGUAUUUAGAGAGGAAGUUUCGGUGUCAGAAGUAUCUCUCUGUAGCUGAUAGAAGUGACGUUGCAGAUACUCUGAAUUUGAGUGAGACCCAAGUGAAAACAUGGUAUCAGAAUAGAAGGACAAAGUGGAAACGACAAAAUCAGUUGAGAUUAGAACAACUCCGACAUCAAGCUUCCGUAGAAAAAGAGCUUCUCAAUACUGCUGCAAUCCGUAAAGAUAAUGGAGAAUCUCCUAGAUGUUGUCCUCCUACAGGCAUUCCAAGAUAUACAACUCAAUCACCUUGUAGUUUUCUGAGCACUGCAGCUGCAGCUAUUUUUCAUAAUGUCACGUAUGUACAUGGGUGUCAACUGUAGAUACUUCAAUUGUUUAAAACCACCAUUUGUUUCUGAGGUACAGCAAGACUGUAGUUAGUUUGAGGGUAGCUUCUGUUUAGAAUAUUGAAAAUUUUGUUCUGUUUUUAUUUCGUAGCUUAUGGAAAACUCUUUUUUAUUAAUAUUGCUUAGUGCAAAACCUAAUUUGCAAUCAUCAGCAUUCAGUCAUAUACGAAUUUGUUAAACAAAGAAGAAAAGUACCUUCAUUUUUUAUAAUAUCGAAAAUUGUUCUGAAGAUAUUUUUUUCUGAUUGUGAAAUAGAAAAAGUCUAUUUAUUGAGACUAUAUUACGGUUAUCGAACUUUUAGUUACCAGGGGGCUAAUCAAACUUUAGUAUAACAAAAUGAGCAGUCAGAAUGGAACCGUAUAACAUAUUUCACUCAAAGAUACUCAUUGAGUAUUAUAUUAAAAGAGCUUCAAUGUUACUGGUUUGGUAUACUACUUCAUUUUACAGUCGAGGAAUCGAUGUCAGUAGAGGCUCGGUGUUGUGGUGUUGUGCAAUGUUUACAGAUAUCUUACUUUGUACAGAUGCUGAAAUGAUAGUCGGUAUGGUUGCCACACUCGAAAAUCAGUCAUCAAGUAUACUUGCUUCAUAGGUAACACUUUCAGUAACUUAACCAUGUUGAUAGGUUAUUCAUUAAAUUAAAAUAUACUUCAGGACAUGCACAGAUUUAAAUCUAAUUCAGCCGAAAAAUUCAUAAUAUUGAGAGAUAUGGAUUAAUGGAAAUAUGGCUCUCAUCAUAUCCGUAGAGAACCCAUUCAAAUGCCCCACAAAUAUAAUUAAUAUUUUUUGACAAUAUAGGUACACUUAUUCUUCUGAAAAUUUGCAGUUACUCACAACAUUAUUUUUUAUCGUAAUAUUUAGUAAUGGCCGUUUUUAAUUUUUUUAAUAUCUCUUAAUAUAUAUCAAGUUAAAUUUCCACGCUGCAUAAAAUCACACAACCUCUAUUUAGUACUUUGUUACUCAUCUCAAAUCCUUCUAAAGAGCUGGACAUUUCGGAAUAUUGUGGAAAAAAGAUUUUACUCGGGUCCUAGCCCAGGGUAAUGAAGGUCAUUGAAAGAGCGCGCAGGGAACGUUGUGUAUCCCAGAUGAAUAAUAAUACUACAACAGUGUCAAUCCGAAGAUAGGUGGAUUAUUCAACUAAUUGACUUUAUUUUUUUUCCUGCUGUGUAUAGGCAUCAUUGCCUGUUUUUCUUCACGUCAUUGCCUCUGCUCAGUUACCUGGGAGGUUGUCACUCCAUCUUUUCCUAGGUCUUCCAAUGCUUCUUUGUCCUGCUGGUGAUUUGUCCCUUGAUAUUUUCACAAUUCGUUCUUCCGUCAUGCGGUCAAUGUGCUCAUUCCAUUUUAUCUUUCUAUCCAGUACCCAGUCAUUGAUAUUAUCUAUCCCGCAUAUUCGUCUUAUGUUUUCACUCCUUUCUCUAUCCAGUAGUGUUCUUCCCGCCAUUCUUCGAACUAUUUUCAUUUCUGUAGUCUCCAAUAUCCGUUUCGUUUUAGAGGUCUCAGGUCGGGUCUCUGCUGCAUAGGAUAAUAUAGGUCUGAUUGCGGUCUUGUAAAUGCGGGCUUUUGCUUCAGUUCGAAUGUAUUUGUCAUUUAGGUAUGCUGCUGCUCUUGAGGCUCUUGUAGCUUGGUUUCUUACUUCCGUCUCCACGUCCCCGUGUCCAGAUAUUUCGAUUCCCAAAUAUUUAAAUUUCAUUUCCUGGUGUAUUAUUUUGUUAUCCACCACAAGCUUACAUCUGAUCGGUGUCUUGGAAGUAACCAUUGAUUUUGUCUUUGCCGCUGAUAUUAUCAUAUUGAAUUUUUUUGCUGUUUUGUUAAAUUGGUACAGUAGCCUUUGCAGAUCGUCCUCGUUCUCCGCCAACAGUACCGCAUCGUCUGCAUAGCACAGACUUUAGUUAACGCAGAAAUCACAGGUAAUAGAACAUGUUGUUAAGAUUAUUAUAAUUAUGAUUAUUAGCUACCUCUGAUCAUUGCAGUGAUUAUCAAUGCUUUCAUGAAAACAGUGUAUGUCCACUGUAAGUUCAGUAAAGUAAAGUCUCAGGCUCGAUUCCAGUGAUUCGAUUUCUCGUUUUUAAUUUGCUCAAGAACAAAAAGCACUUCUAAACGGUGAUAACGUUUACAGAAAGUACGUUCUUCAGAAAUAAAAAAUUCCAAAAAUUUUUACUCUGGUACAUUGGAUCUAUCUGACAAUCAUGAAUGUCCAUUUGAAUAUCACAGAGCAGCUUCGUCUUCUUCCGUUGAGCUACAACUUACUGCGGGACUUGACCUUAGUUUUUCUCCCCAGUUAUUCAUAUACAAAUAUGCCCCCUUGCAAUUACGUAUCUUUAAAAGACUGAUUGCGACUUCUUCCUGUCAGCUUUCCGAGGUCUUCCAAUUGUCCUACGCUCUUCUUCUCGGGUUUUCUAUUCAUACUUUAUGGUCUGCCCAUCGCAAUAUCUGUACUCUGAUAAACUCCGAUAUGUAGAUCGUUGUAUUUUUGAUAUAACUCAUGAUUAUAUCUUAAUCUCUAUGCUGCAUUUUCACAUGUAGGACUGUAUAUUUCCCUCUAUAUCUUUCUUUUAAAGGUAUUUAUGAAAUCUGCUAUUUUUGAGCCACGUUUCACAACCGUUAUUAUAAGUCAUAUAAUGCUCUUGUAUAUUUUGACUUUAUUGUUUAUACCACGAUAUCUAAAUAUGUGCAUGGAUGAUUCUUCUUCUGAUCUCAGUGUUUUCAUUUUCAUCCUUGGUAAUUUGUACAAUCCGAUAAGUGAAAUCUGUUACUCCUUACAGAUUUUCAACUUAUAUUGUAACAUUAUGGAGAAUUCUGAAAAUACAGGGUUUGGUUAAUACAUUUAUCCUAGUCCCAACUUCUCACCUUCAUGGUUCAGUUCUUUUUAAAUGUCUUUAACCUUUGGUAGUAAUCUCCCUGUUGUAUUGGUAUCACCUGCGUAUGCUGUUAUUUACGAUGAUCUAUAAUUAGUUUUAAUUUCUUUAUGAUGAAUUAUAUAACUAUAUUGAAUAGUAUGGGUGCUAGACCAUAACCGUAUUUACAUAAGCUACUGUCUUUGUCAGUGUGGCUUUCACUAGUAUCAACUUACAUGGUAUUCCGGCAGGUUACUUUACUGAUUUCAAUAUUCACGAAUUUUGGUUUUAGGUAGCCUAAUAUGAUCAUUAUAAGGUUGUUACUUUGAAAAUUAAACCAGUAAGAAGGAUAAACGUUCAUUUUUAAUAACAAUCGGGCUGGAACACACUAUAUGCUAUUUAUUAUAUUGCCAUAUUAUUAAAUUCAAGUUAUAUUGUAUUCAAACUUUUGAUUUUAUGUUAGUUUGUCAUUUUCUUUCUUAUUUCUUAAUUUGCUAGAUUUUCUAAGGAUAUUAUUCCGUUUUUUAAAAAUAUAAGUAUAUAUUGACAAGAUGUUAGUUUGUAUCCUUAACAAUUUUUUAACUUGUUAUAGUUGGGAUAAUAGCCUUUAAUAACUUAUGUUUAUUCUAUUAUAAAUGUAAGCUUCUGUUUUUCUCUGAUAAAAUUUGUUCUUCCCGUAUUUCCCGUUACUUUUUUUACUUAUAAUUCCUCCAUACAAAAGGGAUCCAGAGAGUAAUGUCACUUUCUUAAAUUAGUUUCAAGCCCAUAAGUUCGUAACAAUUUGUUAUUCUGAUUGAAUAAUCAAAUCACCUUCCUUAUAAACAACAUUUUGCCAUCUAGAGUACAAAGUUUCAAAGUCCGAACAAUCAAAAUCAAUUGAUUUUUGAGUAAAAUAUCUCAAGAUGUAUUUUUGAUAUCAUCCGAAUUUUCAAAUUUUUUGCCUUUUAUAAAAAGCUGUAGCGGUCAGAAUCGAUAAAAAUCCGAGUUUGGAAUAUCGGGAGUGAAGCAGUACCUCAGCAUUCAAUUUAUUAAUUUUUUCCAGGGUUCGUCUUUUUCAGUAUGGUCUUACAAUGCCGUAACAGAACAACGACUUUUCACUAUCUAUUGAAUAUUUUUUCUAUUGAAUAUUGUUUCACUCGAUAAAGACAUGCCAGGUUUCAGUACUUCAAAAUGAACAAUUCUGUGUAUACUUCACCAAACACAUGAAGCGCCUUUUUGGAAUGUAAGCCCAGCUUUUGAGAGAUCCAAUCCGUUUUGGAUUAUUAUGUAAAAUCCAUUUUCCAUUUACAAUGAUCAACAUCAAAAAACGGUUCUGUAUGGUGACGUUGUAGCAAUACCUUGUAUAUGUUGGAUUGCUGGCUUUUGGUGGGCUCAAAAACGUGCAACUGUUCGGUUACUACUUUUACGAAACUGACAAAGCACCUAAUGUCGCAUAUGCUCUUGUAGUAUUUGAAAUAAACAAAACACAAUAACCUUAAAAUGCCUUUGACACGACUUGGAUGUACACAAUAAGGUGUACAAAUAUGGACAUGCGCAGAAAUGACAUUACUUUCCAGUCCUUGUAAUAUAUUAGUUAAAAUUUUUAAACAGUUUACUUUUUAACUAUAUCACAAGAUAAAUAUAGCACUGUACUAAUAUGUUUAUUGCUUGAACAGAAGUAAAAAAUUGCGUCCAGUGGUCAUGUACAAUCAAAAUUUCGUUCCCACUCGAGGGCGGUAUCUCUGACCGACCAUGUACGUAAUUAUAGAUUAUUUAUAUAGAUUUGUAGCGAUAUGUACCUGUUAUCCUUGUAAAUAUUUUUUAAUAAAAAUAACGAAAUAACAA